ACAGUCAUGUCGAACUUUGAUCCCAAUGCCAUCCUUCGUGGUGCGCAGCUCACCGUCGUCGGUGCCUACCGAGCAUUACAGAACCCGAAACUCUUUACCUCCGAGCAUUACAGACAGGCCGCUCUGGCUGUUGCAGCUGGUAUCGCCAUUCGUGUCCUCGUCGCCAUUCCUAGCUCGGGAUGGGAUGAAGAAAUCAUGGACGGUGUUGAGUUCCUAGAGCAUUCCGUCCUACAGCUGCCCUUCUUCCUCAUGAGUUUCAUGAGAUACAUUAGUCCUUCUUUGGACAACAUAUGGGUUGACGAGACGUACGUCCAGAAACACAAGGGUGAAGACCCCAAGCAGCUCCGCGCCAUGUACUAUCCCAACAUGCGUCAAUACACUCAUCACGGUCCUGCUCCUGCUGCGGGCAAGGAACCCUCGCAAAACGCACCCAAGCAAGCCGCCAUCAAAUUCUUGAUGCGGUACGGCCGCAAGGCUGGAAUCUCGUUGGCUGUCUACCUGCUCUCGCUGCUACCAUACGUCGGUCGCUUCGUCCUGCCCGCUGCAUCCUUCUACACAUUCAACAAGCAGGUUGGUCUGCAGCCUGCCAUCCUCAUAUUUGGUAGCUCCAUCUUCUUGCCCAAGAGAUACCUGGUCCAAUUCCUGCAGAGCUACUUUGCUUCUAGAAGUUUGAUGAGAGAAUUGCCCUACUUUUCGCGUAUCCGUUUCACACCUCAACAGAAGAAGAUCUGGUUCCACGAUCGCGAGGGUGUCCUCUUCGGGUUCGGUGUUGGCUUCUUCGUCUUCCUCAAGAUUCCUCUGCUCGGCGUGCUCAUCUACGGCAUUGCUGAAGCUUCGACUGCUUUCCUAAUCACUAAGGUCACCGAUCCACCACCACAACCCGAAGAGUGGACCAACUUCGCCGAGACACAAGCUCACUGGCGCAACAAGCAUGAGUUCUUGAAGCUUCCACUGGACAAGCUCGAUGCGCUGAACAUAACUUCGACCAAGGAGGGCGAGAAGCCGGACACGACGGCUAUCAAGGGACGCCAGUUCACCUAG